CAGACGUUGUAAAUAAAAUCAAACGAUACAAUUGUUUUUAUUAAAUUAGCCUAAUCAGAGUAGUUUUUUGACAUCAUUGAAUAUUCGUUGAACUUAUUGAAUUAUAAUCAUCUGAACGCCAAGUAGGAAACAAAAAUGAGAAAAGUUAUAAACAGAUUCAAGUUACCUUGGAAGAUGGCGAAGAUGAAGAGGAACAAGAGGAAGAAGAAGAGAAAAAGUUCAGUUUGAAUGAUGACCAGGGCGUUCCACAUGAUGAGAUUUGAUGGUGGAAAGAGUUAAAAACAAAGAAGAAGAUGAUGUUGAAGGAGAAAGUAAAGAUGAAAGUCUUGAAAUUGUUACUGGGUUAACAUGGUUCAAAUUAGGCCAAGAGGAAGCCAAUUGCCAGUUGAAGAUGAAGCAAGAAACAAAAAAUUAUACUUUCACACGAACUUUUUCAUCUUCUUAUAAAUAUUAUUAUUCAAUCAUCAUCGCAAUCAUCAUGUUAUUUCUCAGAUAGAAACACAUCAAUUCCAAGAAAGGAAAGAAAACAGUAAAAUCAAUGAAAAAUGAUUUAUCAAUUUUUCACACAACAAUUUUUUUCUCUCUCUUCCAAGAAAUUGAACAUUCAAAACAUAACUGGUCUAGGUUGAUCCUGGUCAUCAUUAUCAUCAUUAGGCCAUUUAUUAUCAUCAUCUUGAUCAUCAUCUUAUUUAUUAUGACUAUUAUUAUUAUCAUUAUUGUAGCGUUUACAUUUCAAUGAAGCCCGUUGUAAACAACAUUUACGCUGAAAAAAACGUCAGAUUUAAUAGUUUCAAUGAUCAUUUCAUUUCGUUUAAGGCCAUUUAAAUUAAAACUGGUUUCUUUUGACAGCUGCUUUCAGUUUCUCUUUCUUUCUCUAUCAUCAUCUUAAUCAUCAUUCUCUCUCCUUCUCUUCGUCCACCUUCCUCAUCUUCGUCGUCUUCAGUUCUUCAGUUCUAUUGGAGAAAGCUUUCAUUACUUUCACUUGGAUUUACCAUUAAGUGUUAACCUUUUCACCGAUCAUAAUUUAUAUCCCUCAUUGUAUCAAUAUCGAUAUUGACUGAUAUCUGAUUAGAUCCAAUCUCUUUAUUGUGAUAAGAUGGCGACCUCGAUUAGUGAUUAUGUCAACAGGUUUACCCUCAGCUCUGGAUUAAAAAUGUUUAUCAAAGAUUGGAAUUGUUAACUCAUUGAAUACCCAAUCAACCUAAAUAUGUUUAUCAGUUAUGUUAAAUUGAAAGAUUAAUUGAUUUUGUGGUUUUUUUCUUUAUUGUUUUUACUAAACUAUGUUAUCAACAUCAGUUUUGUCCUUUUCAAAUAAGCUGCCUCUUUCACCAGUGGUCGAUGAAGUGAAUGGUGAACCUGAGGAUCUAUUAUUAGGAUAUCGGUCAAAGGAAAGUGUCGAUAGUUGUUACCCUCAUCAUCAACAACAACCCAAAUCUCAACAGCACCGAUGUAAUCAACGUGUUCCUGGACGCAGUCGUUACCGCUCUCACCAUCACCAGUAUCAUCACAAACAACAGCGUGAAAAUUCACCUCUUUCAAGUGAUUCCCUUGGAUCAUCGUUAACAAGUGUCAAAGUUAAAUAUCUGGGUGCAAUUAGAGCAACAGGUCGAUCAGCAAUUCUCAAUAAGGGUAUAACAGCCAUACAAAGUGAAUUGAUUGACCUUUACACAAUUGCUCAGCGUAAAUUUGUUUCCACUUCAUCUAAUCAAACCAGUUCUUCGUCUUCCUCUUCCUUCUCAUCAACACCAUCGCCAGCUUAUCAAAUUAUUGAAAUAUGUAAUUAUGGUGUUGUUAUCGCUGAACCUGACCCUUCAGCUGCUACAACACUAUCCGUUGUUGGACAAUCCAAUGUUAAUCCAAACCGAAUUGUUGUCACCAAAGUGAUUACACCUUUAUCUAAUAUUGUGCUAUGGGCUGGAGUCAGAUUUAAUUGUCGUCCGGUUAAGGUUAGAGGUCGCCAUCGUCUUGGCGCCGCUUUUAUCCCGCUCUCUUGUUCAACAGCUGUUCUUAAAGCUUCUUCUUACACUCCUUUAACAACAAGUAGAUCGCGAUUUUUAUCAUCUUUAAGUCAUCCUCCGUUAUUUUUAUGUGUCCUACGUAAAGUCUCAUCACCUAAAAUUUUCGAGUGUCACUUAUUUGCUUGUUGUACAAUUGAAGAUGCCAUAAACCUAUCUUCCAACCUAUCUGAUGUUCAGAAUGGUAUUUUAAAGGUUGGUAACCCUUCGGUCCCGUUACAAAGUGAUUUACCAUGCUAUUCUUAUUCAACAUUUGAUGAAGUUGAAUCUCGUACGUCAUCUCGACAAUUGUCCUCUUCAACAAUCUCUGCCGAUCCUCGCCAUGUUGUUGGAACUGAGUCACCCUCACUGUUAACUGAUAGAACCUCAAGAUUAACCGUUAACUCAGAGGAGCCACGUUUUGUGGGGUUAAUUCAAUCAACAAGAUCAUCUGGGCUAUCUUCCUCAUCUCCGAGAAGAGAAAUGUUCAAUUACCGUCGUGAAAUAGGUUUGCGGCCAUGGCCUUCUUCGGCUGGUAUUAAAAUAAAUAGUAAUACACAGCAUGGGCUGAGUUCCUCAUCAGACUUAUCCAGGGUUAUCAGGCAGGAUAAAAGAAGUGUUUCUAAAUCAGAACAAUUAUCUCAACAUUCAUCUUCCCAAUAUUCAAUGUGCCAAGCUUGCUUAUCAAAUGGACAAUUGGAGAGACAAUUAAACUCGAAUAAUAGUCAUCAGAGCGAACGAGUCACUAAAAGAGAUCACAAUAUGAAUUAUUCAAAUGGUUUGGACAAUUCAACUGCAGUCAAACCAUUAACUCAAUCCAAACCCAACCAGAUUGAGACAAAUAAUUACAAUGGUUAUGUUGUCCAAUUUAAAUACAAUGAAUCAAUCAAUCAAAAUAACCACCGAUACAAAAGUACGCUCCAAGAAACCAUCGCCAACAAUAAACAACCAAUCGACCCCCUAACAUCACCAAAAGUGCCAAAUAUAAGUGAAGACGAGAAUUUAAGUAAACUAGGUCGAAGAGGUCAACGAUUCGUUAAUACCAAUAAUAAUAAUCACAGGAUUAAUGGAAGAAGUAAAAUGAAAAAUAAUUGUCAAUCAGCAACAUCUAGUCACAAUAAGAGUAACAACUGUAUCAUCAAUAACGAUUCGGACCAUUCUUGUCAUAACCAUUUGAACGAUUUUCGUCAUAAUGAACGCUAUUCAAAGUCAGCUUACAAUGGAUUCAACCGUAUCAUUGAGGAUGAUAAUUUAACCGAUUUAACAAAUGACUCUGCUUUCCUUUCAAGUGAUUUAAUUGAUGGUGAUGGUUUGUUAACUUUCGUUGAAGAUGAUUUACGAGAUAAUUCAAUUUAUCCACCAAUGGUUAAAGUCAAUCCAGCUAUUAAUGGCCACCUUCAUGGUGGAUGGCCUCUAGGAUCAUCUAACAAUCACAAUAAUCAUUUAACACUUUAUCCUAAUCAUUAUCGAAGUGAUAUACCAUCACGACUAUCAUCAUCAAAUGGUCUGUUUCGUCGGUUGGGGCGCUGGAAACUUCGAUCCUGGGUUCGAAAAUCUUUUAACCUUAAAUUUCGCCGGAAAAAGAAGCGAAACAAAGUUGAUCUUUUUGCUGAUCGUGAUCUUCGUUAUUUAUCUUUAGCUGAACCUUUAGAUUACAUUGGUGAUCGUAAAUUAGGUCUGUCUAAUGGCAAUUUACCAUUAAAUAGAUUACAGUUGAAUGGUCAAUCAAGUAAUCAGACUAAAGGCUAUUUUCUCGGAAUGGAAACAGUUAAUGACAAUUACAGUUCAACCAAAGUAAUGGGAACACAAGAACUUCCUGAAGAACGAACUGGUCUUGAAAAUUUGAAACAAUUAAUUGAGAAGCGAAAGAAUCAAACCACUUGUCAGGUUGAUGCACUUUUAGUCGCUAAUGGUACUUCAAAGGGGACAAAGAAAGGAAAACCGGAAAAUGGCGAAACCAAUGAAGAUCAACAUUUAUCUAAAAUUGAUUUAUUUAAUGAGCUUGGUUACCUUCCAUGAUUGACUAAUUAAAAAAUGACCGUUGAAGCUGGACUUGUUUAAACGGCUUUAAAUGUAUAAUAAAAACAAAAUCGAUCAAUAAAUGAUUUUUGUACAUAA